AUGAACAGAUUAAAAUCUGUUAAUGUCACAGGUCAGCUAUGUAAGUUGACUGUCGAUCAGGAUGAUAUCCUGAGCGAUGCUGUGGCAUUCUAUAAAAACCCAUCAUUUGACCCCGAAAGGCCUUUUCGUGUUUCAUUUCGUGGUCAACCAGCCAUUGACACAGGAGGAGUUCUACGUGUGUUUUUUUCCGCUGUGAAAGAAAAGUUCUGUGCUGCAGAACUAUUUAGUAUUUUUGAAGGUCCGCAUAGCAGAUUGUUGUUCAGGUAUGAUCAAUCUUGUCUGGCAGCUGGAAUUCCAGAGAUUUUAGGAAAAUUGGUGGCACAAAGUCUCGUACACGGUUGCGGUGGAUUCCCAUAUUUGGCGCCUUCGCAUUACUAUUACAUAGCAACUACGGACAUACAGAGAGCAUCAGCUUAUGCUUCCAUAUACGAUGUGUACGACACAGAAAAACGUGACAUGCUGGACAAGGUACAGUACAGCAUGUUGUCUAUUAGAUUUAUAAAUUACUGCGAUAACACGUUGGAAGUUGACAAAAUUGUUUGGAAGUUGACAGUCUGUGUAGUCAAUAGUCAUGUACAUUACGGAUGCUUGUGUGCCAAUAACGGGUGGCAUAUGGAAUUUGUUUGCACUCUCCUGUGUUGCAAUAUAAUUCUUAAUACUUCCCCCUUCGACAUGCACGGUUCACGCAAUGUAAUUCAAUGUUCUAUUAACAAUAUGACAAUGUAUAAUCUGAAGUCAAUGGUCCAAAUAAUAGUUUGAAGGUUGGUUAUUGUUUCCAGGGCCACUGAUGGGUGGUGGGGGAAGGCAAAUUACCAACGCUUAAAAUUAGGCAGAGCCUGUCAAAAUGUAGGAGUUGAUAUUAAUCCGAGUAUUUUCUUAACCUAGGGCACGACAAAUUUACUGGCUGCCCUGAUUUUAUUUACAGUACCUUCUAUCUGCAACUGCAUAGCAUCACCCUAAACACGGACUACAGUACUCAGUAAUUGUUAUAUAAUUUGUUAUAUAUAUAGUUGAUAUCAGCUAAGGAAAAUGAUGAACUCCAAGAAUUGAAUUCAUCUGAACCAUUCCUAAAUGUUCUCCAAGAUAGUGGAUUGGUAACCUUACCGAAUGUAUGUACAGUUCUACCCCAUACUGCGAAAUGCCUACUGCAGCAUAUGCACUCUGAAAAAUCAAUUUUGUUUAGGGAGUGGUCAUCAUUUAUGGGGGGGGGGGAGGUAAAUUUUCCAACCCCCCUUUGAUGGAAAUAAAUAGUACAUACAAUGACUGCUCCCUUAAUUGUGACCGCUCCCUUAAUUGCAUUUUAUCCUCGCUUGUGACAUGCCUUACUGUGUCACUGAACUUUCAAGCCUAACAGUCUGUAAUAUUUUGAAAUUACAAAUUAAACAUUUGCUUUCUCACCUCUAGGUUGACAACAGCAUUGCCAUUGCUGAAGCCAUGGUGUCCUAUCAUGUGCUUGUGAAGAGAGCUGUCAUGCUAGACAAUUUUGCAAAGGGUCUCCAGACGCUAGGAAUCCUUGAAGAAAUUAGGAAAAACCCUAGCCAGUUUGAGGAAGUUUUCCUACACAAUGAGAAUGCUGUGAGCGCAUCUGCUGUGUUGCAAAGUAUUGUCUUCAAGCCGGAAGAUGCCACAAUGUACGCAAUGCUAGCAAGUUUUAUAAACGAUGCUAGUGAACAGGGUAUGUAACUGCAGUUUGCAUUACGUAUGACUUAGGUGAUAAUGAGGCAAGGUGCGCCCUACUAUGCUUCCCUAAAAAUAUUUCCAGGGUGCCUAAUAUGCUACUAAAUGUUUCUAAUAUUAACUAAGACGUUGGUACUUUAAUCAUACUUUCAAACAUCAUUAAUAAUUCAUAAGCUUAUUGGCAAAUCAUGUCAACUAUAAUAUGUCACGUGCAGUGGCUUUAAACCUGAUAAAAUACUCCUAAUUAGUAUUCUUUAUAUAAAGACUACUAAUAAGGCAGUAUCUAUUGUAGUUGUGUCCUCAUUAGUAUUCUUUACAUAAAGAAUACUAAUAAGGCAGUAUAUCUAUUGAAUUUGUAGUCGUUUAAUAAACUCGCAGGUCGUGUUUUAUUAGGUAUAAAGCCACGAGCGCGCAUUGAACCUAAUAAAACACUCCUGCUCGUUUAUUAAACAGUACGUAGUUGAUUUAAUACUAACUAUGAGUUAAUGGACCAAUCCCCUAUUAAAUAGCCUGUGUACAGCUGUUACUGAAUUAAUGAAUUUUCCUAGUCCCAGUUCAAAAUGUAGUUUAAUAGGGGAUUGGUCCCAUUAAUGCAAGUUUUUACAGUUCCGAAGAGGCAGACGCAUUUUAAUAUAAUUUUAUAUAUUUUUAGAAUUGGAAAGCUUGUUAAAAUUCAUUACUGGCAUCAGCUCAGUGCCAUUUGUACGUGUUGCUUUGGAGGUCAAUUCGACAUCGACAUCGAUAUUUGCCUCUACAUGCUUAAUGAAGCUAUGUCUGCCUGCGAUGCUAGGGACUCUUGACCAAGAGUCGUUUAACUCGAGCAUGUCUGCAGCAAUUCGGCAAGAAGGAAAAGAAUUCACUUCGUGCUGA